UUUUUAACACAAAAGUGAUCAAUAAAUUGGUGGCGUGUAAAAGAAACAGUUCAAAACAAAAAUCAAAAAGAUUGUUUAGUUACGGUGCGGAAACGGUUGGAAAUUUAUUUUGUGAUUCUGCAAUCAUGGACUUUGCCGAGGAUUUCCUGGUAGAUCAGGACGAUCCCUACUCCGACUUGGACCGGUUUUUGUUCCUGUCGUGCCGGUCCUGCUCGCGAUACUCGCCGUUUCUGAUCUAUUUGCCUCCGGAAGAAGAUUCUCCCGCAUCGGCCAUCGAACACAUUUUUUGCGCUGGCUGUGCACCGAUUGGUUCGAUUUCUGCAGGUUCAAAAUGUCUGAUCAACAAUCCGGGCUUCCUUCAGCUGAUACAAGGAUACGAGUAUUCAAAUCCCUUCUUCAGACGAUAUGCCACAGUCUAUCGAACUCUGCUCACCACCGAUACUCGUUUGGAAAUAGACUGCAAUCAGUUCGUGAAUCUACCGCUGUUCGAGAAGCUCUUCAAACUUCAGGAACUCUUUCCUACCGUCCACCUCGUGCACAACAGGAAAUUUACAGGCCUCUCAGAAAUUUCCCAGACCAUCGUGAACCGUUACGAAAGGAUACGCAAUUUCUACAAGCCCAAGAACCUUUCGAAACCAACGAUAGGUGCUUUGCUACGGCAUGAAUCUGACGGAUCCCUUGCAGCUUCAUCGACGACCAGCUUGCCCAGUCCUUCCGUACCCGUUUUGAAGCAAACGGCUCGCUUGAGGAUAGUUAGUUCCGAAAUGGAUACGCGAUGCGAUAUUUGUCUCCUAUCGAACGAAAAUAACACCAUCCAGUUCGGACCCUUCGUGGAGAAGCCGUUUGCCAAAGACAUUUUCCGGUGCCAUUACUUAUGCUUGCUUUCUGGUACGCAUAUCGCUCAGAGAGGAGUCGGCGACCAAGGUGGAAUAUUAGGGUUUUUGAUCCAAGAUGUGAAGCAAUCCUUUCAAAUCUAUCGCAACAAAGUUUGCUACUGCUGUGAACAGUUUUCUGCGCCGGUUAAAUGUAACGCUGCGGGCUGCGAUCGUUACUUUCACUAUAUUUGUGGCUACCGGAAGGGCUGUGUGACACAGUUUAUCGGGGAGUAUCUCUCGUAUUGCCACGAACAUCUUCCGUUUGAAGCAAACUUGUAUCCAGACCCCGAAGGUGAAUGUUGGAUCUGUUGGGAUAAUUUGCAAUCCUCCAAUCCGGUAUCCUGUAUUCCUGCGUUUUGUGAGCCGCCGGAAUCGUCAACGAGCCAGGAGAAAGAAGUGAGUUGGUUUCACCGCGAGUGUCUCCAGAAGUACGCCUACGAGGCCGGGUACUAUUUCAAGUGUCCAAUUUGUCACGAGAAGCCGAUUUUCUUACAAUACGCCAAAAUGCACGGAAUUUUCGUUCCCAUGAGAGAUGCCAGCUGGGAGAUCGACAGAACCUACUUCAAAGAUCUCCACGAAUGCAAGUGCUCGGCUGAAAACUGCAAAUAUGGGAACAAGAAGAAAUCCGUCGAUCGUAUGGUCGGCUGCAAAGCCUGUGGUGGCGAAACGCUGCACCUGGAAUGUGCCGAAAUCAGCGAUCCGAACGAUUAUGUUUGCUCCAAAUGUAUGGACGCCACGUUUAUUAAGCUGUUUUGAGACUGAUCACUUUUAAGGUUUGAAUCUUUUUCUACGAUUUUCUUACAAAAUCUCUCCACUUCAUAGACAAAAAGAGUUGUUCAGUGGGGCUAUAAAUUACUUACUUCAUUGCUGCGUAAACUUUUCAAUUUGAAUUCUGAUUCAGCAAGACAUGAAAAAUUUCGUGAAUGAUGUUUGAAUAUUUAGAAAUUUGUGUAUUUUUUAGUUUAUAACACUUUUAAUAAAAAAAUACAUCACUGGACUCAUAUGCAUUUGGCCUUAAUAUAUCGAUCAAGAAUCCAUGCACUUAAUUAGUAACAUUAUUUUAAGCUUCUCUGUAUGGGUGACCUGAUCAAUGUCACCGAAAUAUAAUAAUCAAAAAAAUAAAUAAAAU